CAUGCAAUUGUACUUAGGUCGUGAAUGUUUAUAAAACCAUGGAAAGUGAUAUAAGAAAUAAAAAGAAAAGAAAAUCUGCAGAAUCAGAGGGAUACCAAUUAAAGCGUUCUAAAGGGAAAGAAAAUGAUUUCAUUUUCUCAGAAGAGUCUAAAACAGGUAAAAUAAAGAAGAUUUUAAUGCGAAACUUUAUGUGUCAUGAUGCUUUGGAAGUAACAUUAAAUCCAAAUGUAAAUUUUAUUGUUGGUCGUAAUGGAAGUGGCAAAAGUGCAAUAUUAACAGCUUUAACAGUUGGUCUUGGUGCUAGGGCAAAUGUUACUAAUCGUGGAGCAGCUGUAAAAAGUUUCAUAAAAAAAGGAAAGAACAGUGCAACCAUUGAGGUAACAUUAUGUAAUAAAGGACCUAUGGCAUAUAAACCUGAUACUUAUGGUGAUUUAAUAACAGUCUUUCGAAAUAUUGGAAGUGCCUCAACCUAUAAAUUAAAAAAUUGGAAAGGAGAAGUGAUUUCUACUAAAAGAAAUGAACUGAAUAACAUACUAAGAGCAAUGAAUAUUCAAAUAGAUAAUCCUAUUUCUAUAUUGAAUCAAGACAUAUCAAGAACAUUUUUAGUAUCAUCCAGACCAGAAGAAAAGUAUCAACUAUUUAUGAAAGCAACACUAUUAGAUGUAAUUGGUAACAAUUAUAAGGAAGCUGAAUUGAUAUGUGAACAAGAAUAUGAAAAAUUGAAACAAUAUAAUGAAAUAUUAUUUGAGGCUAGGAAAGAGAUAGAACAACUUAAAAUCAACAUAAGGAAAGCAGAUGAAAUUGAUAAAUUUCGUAACGAAGUAGUUACUCUUGAAACAGAAUUACUUUGGGCAGUUGCUAUAUCAGAGGAGAGAAAAUUACAAAAGAUUGAAGAAGAAAUUGUUGAAGGACAAUUGGAAGAAGAAAUUAAGUGUGCAGAACAAGAAGUUACUGAUAGUUCUGGGGCAUAUAAUAAAGCAAAAGAAGAAUAUAAUGUAAACAAAACUGCACACUGCACUAAAGUACGAGAAUGGCGAUCUGCUCAAAAUAAAAUGAAAAGAUUAGAGGAUGAUGUAAUUGCUCUUCGAAAGGAAAUACAGAGAUUAGAAAGCUGUGAUAACGCAGAACAAAGUGAAAGAAAUCAAAUAAAACAGCAAUUAGCUGACUUAGAACAAAAAUUGGAUGAAACUGAAGCAUUAUUACGAACUAAGCAAACUUAUCAGAUGCAUUUAGAAACUGAUAAAAUGCGUCUUUUAAAAGAAAUUCAAGUUUCGAAAAUUGAAAUCAAUAGUUGUGAAGUUCGUAUACAAAAAAUUAAGCGAGAACUAAGUGCAAGGAAACAAUAUUCUGAUAAUGCAUUAACUGUAUUUGGACGAAAUGUACCACGUCUUUUAAGAAGAAUUGAAGAAGAAUAUAAUAAUGGACAAUUUCAACAAAAACCUCGCGGCCCACUUGGAGCAUACAUAAAAAUGAAGGAUUCGACGUGGGCUCCUGCUGUUGAACAUUAUUUAGGAGCAAGUACUUUCACUACGUUUUGUGUAGAUAAUAGUCACGAUGCCAAAAUAUUGAAUACAAUUAUGAAAGAAAUCUAUUUAAAUGAAAGAACUCCACAGAUAAUAUGCAGUAAAUUUUACAAUGUUGUCCAUGAUGUUCGUGCUCAUUGUACCAGAUCACCAAAUUAUUAUAAUCUUUUGGAUGCAAUGGAUAUAUCAGAUGCUGUUGUUGUUAAUUGUCUAAUUGAUCAGCGUGAAGUUGAAUGCGUUUUGUUAAUCCCAACUAGUAAAGAAGCUGCUGAAAUUAUGUCUGAUGCUUCCAAAGUUCCACGGAAUUGUAAAAGAGCUUUUACCCAACAAGGUGACACAUUUUAUCCAGAUCCACAUUACAGAAGCUACGGCGGACCGCGUGGCUUAAAGGCUAAAUUUCUCCAAGUUUCUGUUACAGAUACUAUUAAUUCAUUGGAAGAAGAAAUCCGUACUAUAGAUAACGAAAAGAAUGCUGCUAUGCAAUCAUAUAACAGUGCUUGUGAAAAAGAAAAACGUAUGAGUUCUGAAUUAAAUUCCGUUAGUGCAAAAGUUACAAAACUUCAAGCUGCUCAAAACCAAUAUAAAGCAUUAAUAAACGAUCUAAAAGAUAAAAUUGAGGGUAAUGAAACCAUAUCUGUAACUGUAUUUAAAAAUGAAUUAAAUGAGUUAGAAAACAAAUUACGUCUAGAAAAAGAAGAAGAAUCAUGCUUAAAUAAAAGUGUUCUUGAACUUCAAAAAAAGGUCGAGUCUUUAGAGGAAGAAGUUAAGCAGUACAGAGUGUUAAGACAAAACCUAGAUUUUAAAAUUAACCCCUUAAAGGACAGCAUAAAAGAGUUACAAAAUGAAAAAGACGCAUUACAUGCAAGAAGUCGUCAUGCUGCAAAAAAAUUCCAGGCAGUUCGUCAAGCUUUACAGAAUGCAGCAGCAGAAUGUGAACAACAGCAAAGAUGUACAACAGGAGCAGUAUCUGAUGCUACAAAUCGAUGUGAUAGAAUAAAUACUGAAAGAUCGUAUAAAGAACUUGAAAGAUUAUUAAAAGAUUUGAAAGCUAAAAUUCGCGAAAUAGAACAACAUUUUGGUUCUACAGAUGAAUUACGUAGUAAAUUAAAACAAAAGGAAGCAAAAUGUGGUAAAGAUUUACAUUUGGCUUCUAAAAUUGAGAAAAAUUAUCAGUUACAUCUAAAACGAUUACAAACUCGAAAAACAUUUUUUUCUGAUAUGAAAUAUACGUAUGGAGAAAAUAUUCAAAAUUCGUUUUCAAAUGUACUCGCUUUACGAAAUAAGAAAGGUACUAUAAAUAUUGAUCACGCGCAAAAAAUACUCGAACUUAAGGUACACUCGCAGAAUGAUAAAAACUCAAUUAAUGAUACAAGAUCAUUAUCAGGUGGCGAAAGAUCGUAUUCGACUAUUGCUUUUAUUUUGGCACUUUGGGAUUGCACUGGUUUGCCUUUUUAUUUCCUCGAUGAAUUUGAUGUCUUUAUGGAUAAGGUAAAUCGACGAGUUAUAAUGGACAUUCUUUUGGAUCAUACUAAAACACAUCCACAAAGUCAGUUCACAUUUUUGACUCCUUUAGACACGUCUAAUAUCCUUGCAGAAGAUUAUGUAACAAUUCAUAAACUGGCAGAACCAGAAAGAGCAAGUCAGAACUAA